AUGGAUUCCAGCUUCGAAAAUGCCCUCAUCAAGUUUCGAGCGAGUCUCACGGAAAGGCAAGCACGCGAUUUUGCGACCUGCACACGUGAGGAUGUCGCGAAAGCCAUUGAGGAUAUUCAAGUACGCCUCGGCUCCGAAAGACGUCUCAGGAAUAUGAGAAAAAUAGCCAAAUUCAUCGAAGCAAUGUCUGAACUAGGGAAGGUGGUGGAGGUCUUUCUGAAUGUUGCGAAUGCAGUAGCCUUCGUCUGGGGACCGAUCAAGUUCGUUCUGGUCGCCGCCAAUGAGAAAUUGAGCGUCGUCAUCUCAGAAGUCGGGGAGUUCCGUGAAUCUAUCGAGGGAAAACUUGAAGCUCUGUCCGUCCAGAUGAAGAGGCUUCAGUUACACGAAAAGGAACAAGAGACACUCGAGCUGCAAGAGCAACGUCGCCACCGCUUAGAGUUCAUCCUCAGCAAAUUUAACGUAGCCGACUACCAGUCGGAUCUCAAGCGUAGCCGAGAUGAGCGGCUUUAUCGGAGCUCUUCCGGUGCCUGGAUCUUUGGCCAUCGUACCUUCAAAGAAUGGGCUGAUUUAAAAUCUCCACGGCAUAGUGUGCUGUUUAUGAGCGGCAUUCCUGGAGCAGGCAAAACUGUUCUGGUCUCCCGAGUUGUGCAGCACCUGAGGCAACUCCGGUCCGACAACUCUACUCAAGGCCCCGAUUUCUCCGUUAUAAAUUUCUAUUUCAGAUCACAACUCGUCCAUCAGGACAGCGUUGUUCUAGAGCAAACCUACCAGCGAUGUCUAGCCCUCAACCAGCAACAAAUUCAUUCUUCGGAUACGAUCCGCGAUCUAGCCUCCGUUGCUCUCAAUUCUCAGAAGAUGUGCUUCGUGAUUAUCGAUGGCUUGGACGAAUGCCGCAGCGACUCAUCCCGCAGCCCAUCCGAGGAACAGGAGGAACAGGAGGAUGUCAUUAACUGGUUCCGCGAUGUAAUGGCAGGCCAGGAUCCCGAGGGCUCACAAACGUGCAUACGGCUCUUUGUUUCUGGACGGCGAAACGGCGUUUUGGAGGAACACCUCAGUUCAUCUCCGUUUAUUCAGCUAGAGGCGGCGGCAGAACAUUCCCAGGACAUAGAGACCUAUGCAGAACGCCGAUCUGUCGAAAUAUAUCCAGGCAUGUUUCUCUACGCAAAGAUCGUCCUUGGCAACCUGUUCGCUCAGAUUUCGGCCUCUAAAUUCGAACGAGAGCUAAAGGCAGAACACUUCCCAAAAGGCCUCGACGAAGCAUACAAGCGUGUUGCUGUUCGAGUUUUCGAGAACCCUGAGGAGCAAGAGAGAAUAGCAGCCGAGUCUAUUCUUAGCUUGGUUAUCUGCGCCCAACGUCCUCUUAUGUGGAGGGAGAUUCAAAGCAUAUUUUGCAUCAACAUUGACGCCGAGAUAGCCGAUGCCGACGAGCAAUUAUCCGUUUCAUGCAAGCAUCUGUGUGACUGCUUAGUGGACAUUGGGAGGAGCCGUGUCUCUGAAUUGGGGCCUGAUGACACGGUAGAGCUCGUACAUCAUACCGCAAAACAAUACCUCGUCGAGAGUGGAAGGUUGUGCGUAGCCAGGGAAAAUGCCAGGAUGGCACUAUUCUGCUCGCGUUACCUUUCAUCUUCGCCUUUCGCCCUCGGCCUCUCCACUAGUGAGAUUACGAAGCACGCGAUGACGGGAUAUUACGGAUUCCAAGACUAUGCAGCGGCGUUCUGGUGGAAACAUGCCCGUCUCGUAAUAGACAAAGCAGCAGAGAUCGGCAAAGACCUUUACCACCUGACCUUGCAGGCGGUAGCAGAAGCCAUGACGGAAUACGGCGACUGCAAGGAUAGACUGUCACCAGACCGAAAUAGGUGCCUCACUGAUGCUGUGCAAGCUAUUCUUAUGGGCUCAGCCACAGAUGCCCGUGAAUGGGAGAGUAACUUCAAGAUCGAACUUCGGACGCGAGAGAUUAGAAACGGAAUCGAGACCCUAUUGGGAGAGAGAGGCUCUGCGGAGACAAGCGAUUCUGUCCUAAUGUUAGCCGUGAAGACCGGCAUCGACAUCUUCUCGAGCAUGAUCGGCCGUUUCGAUGUUCUGUGGAAGGCUGCUAUGGGAAUGAAAUCGGAUUCUUCUCACGGGCUGACCUGGAUGAACAUUCUGAAAGAUUCCAUCUGA